AAGAUCGUUGAAAAUACAACCUCUUAUAUUUCCGACAGCAACAAAGCAAACCUGCCCACACGCUGAACACGUGAUCAAAUGCGGAAGUAGCUUCUAAACAACUUGACCUUAAAAGCAUGAGAUAGGCAUGCUUGAGAAAUAUUUGCUGUGGUAGUUUUUUUUUUUUUUUAUUUAUUUUUUGUAAUUUAUGAAAAGUAAAUUAACUUUUACUGAUGGAUCCUAAUCUAUUGCAGUGGAAAAGACAGGAACAGUCUUUCCUCCGUCGAUUACGGAUAUGGUUAAAUCUCCUGGAUCCAAGCCUGUUGCUGUCCUCUGAUGCUGAAAUACUGAAAGCUCACACUCUUCUUGGAAGUGGACAGAAACUAGAUGAAAAGGAUAAUGCAGCAGUGUUCCUCUCACUGUCUUCAGUUCACGCUGAUUCUGGUGCUGCUCUUCCACUUGUUUUCCGCCCUCCGGCAACAUUGCCAAUAUCAGGACCUUUGGUUGUUGCUACACUUUUACCCCAUAACAGUAUAAAAUCCGCUGUGUUUUGGCAGUUUUUGCUGCAGAGUUACAAUGCUGGGUUCAACCACGCAAACAGAAACUCUUCCGCUGAGCAGCUCCAGAGUAAGAAAAUGUCUUUGAAGCAGCUUCUACUGAUUGGGGGAACAGUCUCGUACACAACAUGUGCAGGGGCUCUUCCUCAGAUUUUCAUCAACAGACUCGCUAUAAGAAGUCCUCCACUCCUGACUUUCUUUAGGUCAAUAUUACCAAUCCCACUCUCAGCCGCUCUGGCCUUCUUCAAUGUGUCCACUGUCAGAAGUGAGGAGACGGAAACUGGGAUUCAAGUGUUCGAUUAUAAUGGGAAGCCUGUUGGGAUUUCUAAAGCAGCUGGAGAAAAGGCUGUGAGGGAAACUGCAUUGUCCAGAGCAAUGCUGUUUGGUACAGCAGCGGCUGUUCCUAAUCUGCUGGUCUUGCUCUUACAAAGAACAAGACUUUUCAAGAGAAACUCACUGCUGGUUGCACCUUUCCGACACAUCAGUAUUGCGCUUGUGUUCAGCUUGAUGAUUCCCGUCUCAUUCAGCUUCUUUCCACAACUGGGAACGAUAAAAAGGGAAAAUUUGGAGGAAGAGCUGCAGACCGAAGUGAUCGGCAGCCAUUUAUUUUACCACAGAGGACUCUGAGGAGCAGCUGUACGCAGUAUUUAGUUACUGCUAGAUUGGAAGAUGUUAAUGUUAUUCAAUACAUAAACUUUUCUCAUAGAAUUUGUUUAACUUAAAAACAAUUUAAUACAUUAAACAAAGCAUGAAGCUACUUUUUGAUAGUAAUUUUAUUCAACUGUUAUCAAGUAAAUUCAUAGAAAUAAUUAAUAUUACAUCAAUUCAUGAAAAUACAUUUAGUUUUCAAAGUUACAUGAGCAUUUUUAUGCAUUGCACUCUGUCUUACCUGAAAUACUGAGGCAACAAGACAUCUGUGUCACUGUUUUAUGUACAUCUUACACAAUAAUGAGAAAAAAUUAAAACCAUCCAGACAAAUGAUGCAAUAAAAUCAACAUGGAUAAAA